CUGGGGCUUGUUCCAUCUUUAAUCCUCGCAUCACGAUCUUAAGCUUAUUUUUUUUGUAUUUCGACCUCACAUCCUGGUCUUCAGAGAGCCAAUCUUUCCCCCUCUUGUUCUACUGCACCCUGGUUACCCUCCCCCUCUUUCACCACUACUGGUCAUGUUCUCCGGCUCCUCCCUCUUUCCGCACUGGCGGCGCAAAGCAGCCGAACGCUCCAGUAAUAGUUCCUACGAGGUGCCCUUCUUCCUGAACGCUGCCUAUUAUCCCAAUUGGAGGAUAUACCGGAAACAGCCUCCGUCGGCCCUUCGAUUGGGCUUCAUUUCUCAUAUCUUCUACGCGUUUGCAUGGGUCAAAGAAGAUGGUACCGUUUAUCUCAGUGACGAAUGGGCCGAUGCGCAAAUGCCCGUCGACGGCACCAACGGCUGCCUGCGGGCCUUCGCGCAACUGAAGCCGCAGUAUUCCAAGAUGAAACUCAUUCUCUCAGUCGGAGGAGGCGGCAAGGGCAGUGAGAACUUCGCCCAAGUGGCCCGCAGUCAAUCCCGCACCGAGACGUUUGUUCGGAGCGCGAGAGCACUGGUGGAUCAAUUUGGUCUGGACGGCAUCGAUGUGGAUUGGGAAUACCCCUCCGACCCACAAGAAGGAUCGGACUAUAUCCGUCUGCUGGCGCGACUGCGCGAAGUCCUGCCAGCCCCGCGUUAUGUUCUGGCCUCUUGUCUCCCGGCCGGCCCAUGGGCUCUCCGUAACAUCGAUCUUUCUAAGGCGCAACUCUAUCUUGACCUGAUCAAUAUCAUGGCGUAUGAUUUCUCGGGCCCUUGGGAGAACCAGUCGGGUCAUCAGGCCCAGCUCUUCAGCAAGCAUCCCGCAGCCAUUUCAUGCCAAAACUCCAUCUCGUACGUGCUCAACCAGGGCGUCGAUCCCAAGAAGCUCCUUCUGGGAAUCCCCGCAUAUGGCCGCUCGUUCCUGGGUAGCACUGGAGUUGGUCAGCGGUAUGUAGGCUGUGGCGGUGAAGACGGCGUCUUCGACUAUAGCCAGCUGCCGCGACCGGGAGCCAAGGAGCAUCACGACAGCAGUCUGGGGGCAGCAUACUGCGUAGGGGGAGAUGGCGGCUUCGUCACAUAUGACACACCCCAGACAGUGCAGCAGAAGGCGAAAUUCGUCACAAAGAUGAAGCUGGGCGGGUUAUUCUACUGGCAUAUUGGAGGCGACGCACGGGGACCGCGAAGUCUGAUCGAAACAGGGUAUAACACAUUGCAUGAUAUGUAAUUUCCUUCUAUUCCACUGUCAGUAUAUUCAAGGUUAGGCUGGACUUUAUUUUUGUCAAAGGAGAGCAGGAGAAAGAUGAUGAAAAGAAAGAUUAAAAAGUUAUACCAGGGGAGAAAUUCAAAAGGAGGCACACGUGACAUUCUGUUUGUUUAGCCAUUGUUAUCCUGGAUGAUCAAAAGAGAGAAGAGAGAGAGAGAGAGAAACAGAAAAUAAAAAAGUACGACAUUCUUAUGGCUCAUUUGGAACAAACAAAUUAUCUCGCUUAAGCAUCCCAGCCGGGGAAAGAUGAGACAAUCGUUGCACUUAUUGAUAAGCC